AUGGAUGGAUCGUGGACUGCAGCUGUGAUGCGGCGAAUUCACCAGCGCGUAGUUGGAUCCAGCCGUACUGCUGCUAUCUCCUCCACUAGUCAUGUGUGGCUUCUCGGCGUUUGCUAUAAGUUCGAUGAGUCCGAGUCCGCUCCACUUGCAUUCGAACACGAUUUCUCGUCGAGAAUCUUGAUGACGUAUCGAAGAGGAUUCGAUUCGAUUGAGGGUGGGGAUUCCAAGUGUUUUAGCAGCGAUGUGAAUUGGGGGUGUAUGAUUCGGACCAGUCAGAUGCUUGUGGCUCAGGCAUUGCUUUUCCACAGGUUGGGAAGGUCUUGGAGGCGGCUUAUCGACAAGUCUUGCGGCUUGGAUCAAGAGUAUGUUGAGAUCUUGCGUCAAUUUGGUGAUUCCGAAGCUGCGGCUUUCUCCAUCCACAAUCUGAUUGAGGCUGGCAAGGCUUAUAACCUUGCUGCCGGUUCCUGGGUUGGCCCUUAUGCUAUGUGCCGCUCGUGUUUUGGAUGUUCAUCGAUUCCGGCAAGAACCUGA